AUGAAUUCAGCAAGAAUUACUUCUUGUAACAAGGUCCAGUUGGAAAUAAUGACUAUAUUCCCGAAUUUUGACUGGAAUAUUACAUACACAAGAAGUGACAUGGAUGCAAACGUCAUAUGUGGUUAUGGAACUGCUCGCUGCCAGAGGAAAUGUAAAGGAAAGGAGGCCAAAAUUGGAAAGUGUCCGAAUGCUAAUUGGUGCUGCCUGAAAAGAUGGCAUCCUAACCUAUUGAAAAUUGUGAAAUAUUGA